AUGGAUAUGGACCACAUGCAUCAUGAUCCCGGCUUGCGGAUGGAAGUCAAUUAUGCCUUUGCCCGUGGAUACUGGUAUACCAUCGCUGGUGUCGUCGGCGCACUCGCUGCUAUUCGUGGCAUCAACUACCUCGACGCUCAGCAAAGACUAAAAGCAUGUCGCGAUCCAUCAAUAGACCAUCCAACACGUCCACGAGGAGCAUUCAGUCAAGCAUGGGCGACAUCAACCGCCGUCGUUCGCGAAAUGGGCCAUCCACAAUAUUACAUCCCCAUCAAUGGCCUUCGAUGGGCGACACCACUUCCACUCGGUCGAAUUAUCGUUCUAGCAUGUUAUUGGGUCGUUAUUGUCUACUUGAUGAGCUGGAAGGUUUCACAGAACGACGUGUACUACUGGGAGCGCAUCGGAUAUCGCAACGCAUGGGUCACUUUAACCCAGUUCCCGCUGCUCUACCUUUUGGCGACAAAGGUCAACGUUAUCGGAUUCCUGAUAGGGAGCAGUCAUGAGAGGCUCAACUGGCUGCAUCGAUGGGUUGCGCGGACCAUGUUUGUCACUGCGACGGUUCAUGGCUUUCACUUCUGGACUAUGUGGGUGCGCGCCGAGUUCCUUGACUAUGCCCUUCAGAUUAUGCCGCUGGUCAAGUAUGGACUUGCAGCUUGGGCUAUCCUGCUUUGGAACGUUAUUACAGGAAUUGUUCCCAUUCGGAGACUUUCGUAUGAGGUUUGGGUGGCUCAGCAUGUGCUCACCAGUAUCAUUAUGCUGUGGUUGCUCCACAAGCAUAUUCCCUCAAAUGCCCGGUGGCUGCUGUGGAUGAGUGUUUCGUUCCUCGUUUUUGACCGAGCCAUGAGAUGGGCACUUUUGCUAUGGCAAAAUGUCCGUCUUCGACCACAAGGAACUGAGUGUCAGGGUAUGAAGCACCUUGGGCAUCGAGUCGUUACCCGCGUUGUUGGACAAGCCACCGCUGUCGUUACCAUCAAGGAUGUGCACUUCAAGUGGAAGGCAGGACAGCAUAUUUACCUCUGGGUUCCACGUCUUGGACCCUUCGAAGCGCACCCAUACACGAUCGCAUGUGCGCAUAAGCUCGAAGGCGCAUGUUGCUGCAACAGCAUCCAGCUUGUCGUGCGCGCCCAUAACGGAUUCUCCAAACGACUACACGAAUAUGCGACGAAGAAUUCGGGAUCCGAACUUACAGGCUUCGUAUCAGGGCCAUAUGGCGUUCCCCCGAAAUGGAAUAUUUACGAAACGCUGGUACUAAUUGGAGCGUCAACUGGAGCCAGUUUCGUUGUUCCCAUCCUCGAAAGCAUUGCGGCAGCGCAAAAAUCGAAUUGCACACGAAGAGUCGAAAUUAUCCUCGUUGCGAGAACAUCUCAAGAAAUCCAAUAUUACGUCGAAAGGGCCGAAGAGGCUGGCAGAAUGGUACGAGCCAAAGGCGUCGGUGUAAGCAUCCAUAUCGCCAUAACAAGCUCCAAUCAAACAGGCCCGGUCUUCACUCGCUCAGAGUCCUCAAACACUAGCGACUCAGACGACAUCCAACCCGUCAAGGGACCGACAACAGGUUGCUGCAGCGCAAACGGUCCAGACGAGAAAGGCUGCCCAAGCGACUCUCCCUGCCGCGGCAAGAUAACCGCCACUGUUCCAGAGCUCAUCCGCGAAUACACGUGCAGACCAGACAUCGAGACCAUGAUUCGCGAGCCGGUGGAGCAGGCUUGGGGAGAAACAGGGGUUGUUGUUUGCGGUGGGCGAGAGAUAGUGGCACGGACGAGGAAUUGCCGCGCCAUGCCUUCACGGCCGCGGCGGCGUAAUCGCCCGGAGAGGCUGUCGAGGCCGUAUGCGAUGGUGCACGCGGGUGUGAGAUUGAUUGCUUGGAUUACCAGCCUCGCUUCGAUUCUACUGCUCGCAUUUAUUUGCAAAGAAUGGCCUUCGAAGAGUCAGGUCAUUAUCGCAGGUGCUGUCGGUUGUGCAAUCGCAAUGCUCAACGAUAGCUGGGAGGUGUUAGCAGUGACAGAUGCUUCAUUUACAGUUCCCAGAUUAGCUACAUCGAGAAGAGUCCUGCACGACUUGUUCUCUCUAGCUCUUUGUGUUGGCGGAAUCAUCAUGAUGUGGGUAUCAAACAUUAACAUCACCAACGACAAAAACGCCGAGCAGAAGCGUCAAGAGCAGUGGCUCAUGGCUGCCCUGUGGGCCUUGAUCGCUGUGGUGUAA